ACACACACGAACACACACACACACACACACACACAUACACACACUUAUCAUUCAGAAACACUGGACAUUUCCAGCAGCUCACCAGGCGAAUCAGAGAAAAAGGAAAACUUUAACGCAGGAAAUAUGAAGGGGUUCCUCCUUGUUUUUUGUGUUUUCUUCAUAUGUUUUGUCUCCAAUCAUCUCAGCGGAGCUCGAGCCAUUCAUGAAGAAUCUCCCUAUGAUGAGCCCCUGGCCAGACCCUACUGGCCAUACUCAACCUCUGAUUUCUGGAACUACAUUGAGUAUUUUCGUAGUAUCGGAGCCCACAACCAUAUCAACGACAUGGCCAGGACCUUCUUCUCCCACCAGAACCUCGGGGACACUCUGGGAUAUGAAGUGGCUGAACAACAGGAAUGAGCAGGAAGACUGAUUUUUGCAGGAGGAUUUAGUGAAUAAUGAGAGUCCUGAAUCGUUUCAUUAAUACAUUUUUAACCUUAAAGUUAUAAACAUUAGAUAGAAUUUGAUGUUUGUUCAUUCUGAGUUUUAAAAUUCUGUACAAUUAUUUUGUAAUCAAUUAUUCUUGUAACAAGUCACGUAUUAAACACUGUAGUCCUCUAUUAUUCAUCUACACGUAUACAUUGAUAGUUGUAGAUCACAUGUAUAAUAAACUCUUGUUGAUGGAGUAAA